CACGCCACCAUGGCUUCUCGAAUCCUACUCUCAAGAACACCCCUCAAGAAUUUGAAUCCUCUCCACCAUUCCUCCUCUCAAUUCCUCAGAAGCCUCUGCUCUCUCUAUUUCCGCAAUGCUCAACCUGGGUAUUCCAGGAGCAUGGUCUCCGAUGCGACCUUGGGUCUCGAUACCCGUGUCCCGGCGACCAUUAUCACCGGCUUUCUCGGCUCCGGGAAGACUACAUUGCUCAAUCAUAUACUGACUUCUCAACAUGGAAAGCGGAUUGCCGUCAUCGAAAACGAGUUUGGUGAGGUGGAUAUUGAUGGGUCAUUGGUUGCUAUUCAUUCUUCGUCGAAUGAAGACAUUGUCAUGGUUAAUAAUGGUUGCCUGUGCUGCACUGUUCGGGGUGAUCUGGUCAAAAUGAUUUUGCAAUUGGUGAAGGAUAAGCGGGAUAAGUUUGAUCAUAUUGUCAUAGAAACCACAGGCCUUGCUAAGCCAUCUCCUGUUAUAGAAACCUUUUGUAUGGAUGAGCUAGUUUCACAGCAUGUGAAACUGGAUGGAGUUGUUACUUUGGUGGAUUGUAAGCAUGCGAUGCAACAUCUGAAUGAAGUCAAGCCAAGAUUUGUGGUGAAUGAGGCAGUAGAACAAGUUGCAUAUGCUGAUCGCAUUAUAUUGAACAAGAUAGAUUUGGUGACCGAGACGGAGUUAGAGACAGUGACCAAAAAAAUUAAGCAUAUUAAUGGGAUGGCGCAAAUCAAGCUAGCUAAAUUUGGAUCUGUGGACAUGGACUUUGUUCUGGGUGUGGGGGGAUAUGAUCUCGCAAGGAUUGAUAAUGAAGUUCAAGUCGAUAGUUCCUGUUCUUCCUCACAUCACCAUGAAGCUGGACAUGAACAUGGCAAGCAUCAUCACGACCAUGUACAUGAUUCUACUGUCUCAAGUGUCAGUAUUGUUGCUGAGGGAACCCUUGAUCUUGAUGAGGUAGAUGACUGGUUAGAAAGAUUGAUUGAAGAAAAGGGGGACGAUUUGUACAGGAUGAAGGGUGUUUUAAAUGUUAAUGGUUCUGAUCAACGUUAUGUUUUCCAGGGUGUGCACUCUACAUUAGAUGGCUGCCCGGCGAGCACAUGGGGACCCGAUGAGAAGAGGAUUAACAAGCUUGUGUUCAUAGGAAGGAAUCUGGAUGAAACUAGUCUUAGAAAAGGUUUCAGAGGUUGUGUAGCAUGAUCAAAGGUUAAUGUAUGCUAACAUGUUCUGAAAACUUCCCAUGAGUCAGUUGUGAAAAAUCAGAGUUUGGUCAAGAGAUUUGCAAUGUUGUUCAGAGUUGAGACUGGGGAAAGUGUGAUUCACAAACUAGUGACCAUCUCUUAAAGGUAGUUUGGAAUAGGCUUUUUGACUAACAAGUACAAAAGGUUAUUAGCUGAACUAUCUCCGACAAAGGUAAAGAGUGUCUCUGAAUAUACUCCAAGGCAGUCAUUAUAUUUGAGUAUGGUAUCCGCAGUUUGUUUCACAUUUGACAUGUUCGAAUGCAACUAUUGGGAAUAAAUGUACUCACAUGGUGUUAUUCAAUUAAAACAGAAUAGAAGAGUUAGCAUAAGUGGUGCUUUGACACUAGUAUGCAAA